AUGAUCGGUCUCACAGUCACCCCAGAAAUCUCGCUGGUGGAUGAACCAGUGAAGAUCCAGGUUUGGGGUCUUGCUCCAAAACAGGUAAUCACUCUGAGAGCUUGGCUGAAGGAUGAUACAGGGAAGAGAUUUAGUUCCGUAGCUUUCUAUGUUAGUGAUGAAGAUGGCAAAGUGGACCUCGAGAAUUCACCAGCAACUGGGGGGAACUUCCAUGGAGUUUGUCCAAUGGGGUUGUUUUGGGCUCUGAAGUCAUCCAUCCCAAACCAAAGACUGAUAAAAUGGGAUGUAAUGGGAAGUCCGUUCUAUGUUCACCUGGACCUCUACUGUCAUUUGGAAGUUAAUCCCAUACCAGAAGGUCCUCCAACUGCUACCACAUGUGUGGAAAGAUGGUAUGUGUCUCCUGGGGUAAAGAGAGUGCCCAUCAGGGAAGGACGAGUCAGAGGAGCUCUAUUCAUUCCUCCAGGUGAAGGUCCCUUUCCCGGAGUAAUUGACAUGUUCGGGGGCAGUGGAGGUCUUGUUGAGUUUCGAAGCAGCCUCCUGGCCUCGCGCGGGUUUGCAUCCCUUGCCUUGGCUUACCUUGCCUAUGAUGAUCUCCCAAAAACUUUAGACCAUGUGGAUCUGACAUAUUUUGAAGAAGCGGCUGAAUUACUGAGUAGGCGCCCAGAGGUGUUCGGAGAAGGAAUCGGAGUCGUUGGUGUGAGCAAAGGGGCAGAGAUAGCUCUGGCUAUGGCGUCUUAUUUUCCCCAGGUCGCUGCCGCAGUCUGUAUUAAUGGAACCAAUGCUAUGCAUGGCAGCACGCUCAGCUAUGGCGAUCUUGUACUGAGAGAAAUUCCUCAUCAAACGGAAAAACUUCUGAUCACCUACUCUGGGGCCUAUGAUUUUUCCCGUGUCAACCAAGAUACAACAAAGCCAGAAUACCAGGACUCUGUACUUCCCCUGGAGAAGGCCAGAGGUCCCAUCCUCUUCUUGGUGGGAGAAGAUGACCAGGGCCAGAACAGCUUAUUAUAUGCUAAGCAAGCGGUAGCCAGGGCAGAAAAGUAUAACAAGAAAGAUGUGUAUUUGCAGAGUUACCCAGGUACAGGGCAUCUUCUAGAGCCCCCUGGAUCUCCCUUCUGCCCUGUGUCACUAUGUUUUAAGUUUGCAACUCCGUCGGUGUGGGGAGGGGAGAUCCAGGAUCACUGCAAAGCACAGGAAGUCAGCUGGAGACAUAUCCAGGAAUUUCUGGGAAAGAAUCUGCCGCGCUCUCUCCGACAUAAAUUGUGAAAAAAAACAAAAAACUGUUUUCAAUUCAUUUAACUUUGGGUCAAAUAUGUAUUUUUAUUGAUAAACUUUUCCUAUAACACAAGUUAAAAGGGUGUUACAGAAUACGGCAUACAAAACAAAACAUGUUACGGAACAUACUGUAAUUUUUUCAAAAAGUUAACACUCCAAAUGUCUAGGAUGAAAACUCUAUCAUAAAGGAUAUUAUAGUAAACUUUUCUCUUUUAUGCUUGAGGAGCUUAUUCAUUAUCAAGCCCCAUGGGCCCCCCCAUUAACUAAGUAUUCAACUUAACGUGAGUUGUGGAGAUGGACAAUAAAGUACUCUGUGCUCUGAAAAAUGUUUAUGCUAACAACUAAACCUCAACUGAGUUGGCUCAUAUGCACAGAGAGGGACAGAAGAGACUGAGGGAUAUGAUCGGAUCCCUCUUCUGACUCUGGGCUUCCUUCCAAUAGGAAGGAGUGUGGCUCUGGGAAGUACUGUAGCUUCAUCUGAAGAUGACAUUAGUUAUUGCAAUCAAACUCCAAUAACUUUCAGCAGUUCUUUAUGAUGACUAUGCGGCGGCCACAAUGAUGAAUUUGCACGUUACUUAAAACAAUUACUGUUUCUGCAUGUGUAACAGACCAUUCACAUUAAUGAAUAGGCCCCUUAGAGUGAAAAACAGCAUUAGUAAUAAUGUAUCCCAGUGGUGUAACCCCCUAGGGCAGAGGUUCCCAAACAUGGUCCUCAAGGCACCCCAACAGUCCUCGAUUUAGGUAUAUCCAUGGCUCAGUGCAGAUGGUUAAAUCAAAUUGACUGAGGUGCUAAUUAAGUCACCUGUGGCCAAGCAUGGAUACAUUUAAAACCUGGACCGUUGGGGUGCCUUGAGGGCCGCAUUUGGGAAUCUGUGCCCUAGGGGCAAUGGAAACAGUGUAUGCUGAUCCUGGGGGAAGAAGUCCGUCAGAUCCUGCUGAGAGUCCGGGUUUUGAAACCAUCCAGGGCCUCAGCCACAAGUUCUGUUUCUGAACAGCGACACUUUCCGGAAAGUACCACUGCCGUGGUCCAAAGGAUUUCUGUCAGCGUUACUGCCAGACCUCAUCCCAUCCCUGAGGGAGCCCUUUACACACACACACCUACACAAAUACUCAGAACCCCACUAGUGACUUCAAAUAAGAAUGUAAACCAGAGACCUGUCCUGCUAACAACCUGCUGUUACAAUGUUAUUGGAAACAUCCCAGAAGGGGAAGCAGUUAUCCACAGACAGAUCCUUCCUAUCCUGUAUCACCAUAUUUCAUAGUUGCCUACCCUCCUGGAUCCUGCAGGAGAGUCCAAUUUGAAGAGCUAAUCUCCUGCUGCCCUGCAUUAUAAAUCAAAUCUCCUCAUUCUUUGAAUUCUUCACUGCAGCCAGGGGACCACCAUUGAAUUUCUGGGCAAGGACAGUGAUCUGCUGCAUCACUAGUAUGACUUCAAUCUGAGCUCCUCAGCAUCUGCUGUCGACUCUCAGCAAAACCUUGUGGGACCCCUGGCAGUAGAGAAUACAGCUUGCCUGUCCCCUGUGAUCUGUCUCAGUAUCUCAGCUGCUAGUGUGUGGUAAGUUUUAUUAGUAAUAUUAGACACACAAACUACAACAAGAAGAAUUUAAAUUUAAAACAUGUUUUUAUUACCAAGAGAUGAUCAUUAACAUAAGAAUUUGCAAAUGGUGAAAUUGCAUUUGGAAUUUAUUACAUAGGCAUCACAUUUAUUAUAUACAGUUCCAAAAACGUUAUUUGGAGGGUAACCCGCACCAUGCUUAUCACAUAUAUAUGUCAAUGUUGGGGGUACCUUAUCUUGAUAUCAAGUUAUCUUGUAUUUAUGGAUAAAUGUGGAACUAGAUAAGAAAUGGGAUGAAUAAGGGGGGUCAUUCCGAGUUGUUCGCUCGGUAAAAAUCUUUGCAUCGCAGCGAUUUUCCGCUUAAUGCGCAUGCGCAAUGUCCGCAGUGCGACUGCGCCAAGUAAAUUUGCUAUGCACUUAGGAAUUUUACUCACGGCAUUUUCAUCGUUCUGGCGAUGGUAAUGUGAUUGACAGGAAAUGGGUGUUACUGGGCGGAAACAGGCCGUUUUAUGGGCGUGUGGGAAAAAACGCUACCGUUUCCGGAAAAAACGCAGGAGUGGCCGGAGAAACGGGGGAGUGUCUGGGCGAACGCUGGGUGUGUUUGUGACGUCAAACCAGGAACGACAAGCACUGAACUGAUCGCAGAUGCCGAGUAAGUCUGGAGCUACUCAGAAACUGCUACGAGGUGUGUAAUCGCAAUAUUGCGAAUACAUCGUUCGCAAUUUUAAGAUGCUAAGAUUCACUCCCAGUAGGUGGCGGCUUAGCAUGAGCAAAUCUGCUAAAAUCCACUUGCGAGCGAACAACUCGGAAUGACCCCCAAGGUUCUAAUGGUGCAACUAGCUUAAACCAUAAUAUCACAAAAAUUCUCCAAAGAUAGGGGAGAACGAAGCUAAUUACUAUUUGGGUGCACACAAUCCGCAACCAACAAGUUAAAAUGUAAGCUUUAUUAAUAUUCUAAAAUAAAUGUCCCCAGUAUUAAUAUGAAGUACUGGCUUUAAUGCCCAUAUGUCAUGUCAGUAGAGAAAUGUAUAUGUUUAAUUCUUAUUUCUGGAUUGCAGAUAUCCUUUAUUAUAUGUGUUCAAGCGAAAUAUUAAAAUUUAUUAUGGAACUGAAAAUAAAUGAGUGAAUAAAGAUUUAAA